UGUCUUUUCAGCCCACACCAGUUAUCUUGUUGAAGGAAGGCACGGAUUCCUCCCAAGGGAUCCCUCAGCUUGUAAGUAACAUCAAUGCCUGCCAGAUUAUCGCAGAAGCUGUUCGCACCACCCUGGGCCCUCGGGGCAUGGACAAACUUAUUGUUGAUGACAGAGGUAAAGCAACUAUCUCAAACGACGGUGCCACAAUCCUGAAACUUCUUGAUGUUGUCCACCCUGCUGCUAAGACAUUAGUGGACAUUGCCAAAUCUCAGGAUGCAGAGGUUGGCGAUGGCACAACUUCUGUGACUAUGCUGGCUGCAGAGUUCCUAAAACAAGUGAAGCCCUAUGUGGAGGAAGGUCUGCAUCCCCAGAUCAUCAUCCGAGCCUUCCGCACUGCAACUCAGCUGGCUGUAAAUAAGAUCAAAGAGAUUGCGGUGACAGUGAAGAAGGAAGAUAAAAACGAGCUAAGACGACUGCUGGAGAAAUGUGCUUCCACAGCCCUCAACUCAAAGCUGAUCUCCCAGCAGAAGGAUUUCUUCUCCCGCAUGGUGGUAGAUGCCGUCAUGAUGCUUGAUGAGCUGUUGCAGCUCAAAAUGAUUGGAAUAAAGAAGGUGCAGGGAGGUGCCCUGGAAGAGUCCCAGCUGGUGGCUGGAGUCGCCUUUAAGAAGACGUUCUCUUACGCCGGGUUUGAGAUGCAGCCGAAGAAGUACAAGUCCCCCAGGAUUGCUUUGCUGAACAUCGAGCUAGAGCUGAAAGCAGAGAAAGACAAUGCUGAAGUGAGAGUCAACAACGUGGAGGAUUACCAGGCCAUUGUGGAUGCAGAGUGGAGCAUCUUGUAUGACAAGUUAGACAAAAUCCACAAGUCGGGAGCCAAAGUUGUCUUGUCCAAACUGCCGAUUGGCGACGUAGCUACUCAGUACUUCGCAGACAGAGACAUGUUUUGUGCUGGUCGAGUGCCGGAGGAAGAUCUCAAAAGGACUAUGAUGGCCUGCGGUGGAUCUAUUCAGACUAGCGUUAAUUCCCUGACUGAUGAGGUUCUGGGACUGUGCGAGCUCUUUGAGGAGGCCCAGAUUGGAGGAGAUAGGUACAACUUCUUCACGGGCUGUCCGAAGGCAAAGACAUGCACGCUCAUCCUGCGAGGAGGUGCAGAGCAGUUUAUGGAAGAUAGUCAGGAGAGCGAUCAAGGUAUGAAGGAGCUGGAGACAAAGGUAAUGGGCUGCGUUGCUCCCUUUCAGAACGACUCCAUCGUUGCUGGCGGCGGCGCAAUAGAGAUGGAACUUUCGAAGUACCUCCGGGACUACUCCAGGACCAUUCCGGGCAAACAGCAGUUGUUGAUAGGCGCUUACGCCAAAGCCCUGGAGAUCAUUCCACGCCAGCUCUGCGACAACGCCGGCUUCGACGCCACCAACAUUCUCAACAAACUGAGAGCCAAACAUGCUCAGGGCGGCACCUGGUACGGGGUGGACGUGAGCAACGAAGACAUUGCCGAUAACUUUGAAGCCUACGUGUGGGAGCCGGCCAUUGUGCGCAUCAACGCUCUGACGGCAGCGUCUGAGGCUGCUUGCCUUAUCAUGUCUGUAGAUGAAACCAUCAAGAAUCCCCGUUCUACAGUAGACGCCCCUCCUGGGGGCCGGGGGAGAGGGAGGGGCAGGCCUCACAACCAUUGAGACUGCCUCUUUGUUAGUGUUGCAUCAUGGGGACCACAGGGACGACACUCGGGGCUGCUGUCUCCUAAAACAUGCAUGUUUCAAAAACCUACUGCCUGGCUUCUACCUUACAAACCAUUGACCGCCUGGUUAUUCGAUGGGUUUACAGGCAACAACUGUGGUUAUCUUAAGAGAAACCAGAUCCGAGUCGAUACAGCAGCCCCUUGUGAUGCCCUGGGCCUCUUGUCCCAUUAGGCCCAUUUCGUGUCCUUCCGCUUGGAAGCUGCACUGUCUGGUUCUCCUCGCUGUGCUGGAUAGGUCCAGACCGCGCACAUGGCAGCCCUUGAUCGUAUUUAUUGGUUUUUUGUCAGCGUGUUGAACCGAGAUACAAACACAAUAAAUAGUUACAAGCAC